AUGGCUUACUUAUUACUAUAUGUAGACGACAUUAUUCUCACAGCUUCUGAUUCGGUCUUACUCAAAAAGCUGAUUGAUACUCUGAAAGCAGAAUUUGCUAUGACAGAUCUUGGCGUCUUACAUCAUUUUUUGGGACUCAAAGUCGAACAUAAAAAUGGGGGUCUUUUUCUCUCGCAGUCAUCCUAUGCUGCUGACAUUUUGGCUCGCGCAAACAUGACCACCUUCAAACCAUGCUCAACACCGGUGGAAAUCGGUUCCAAAUUAAGUGCCUCCUCAGGGUCUCCAGCUGUUGAUGGCACUUUGUAUCGUAGCCUGGCUGGUGCACUACAGUAUCUUACUAUCACCAGGCCCGAAAUAUCUUAUGCAGUCUAG